AUGCCUCGCAACUACCACUCCCGCUCUGCCGAAGUCUCAGACUCAUGCUGUGUUAGUGGCCGGAUCUACCAAACCUGCACAUCCUGCGGCGGUCUCCCUAGAACCGUAGCAGGAUGCGGAGAAUGUGGAGGAGCCGGCAGCGUCUGGUCUCCGUGCCCCCAUUGUGCUGGCUACGGAGCUUCAUCAGGACCCGCUACCCACGGCGGAGAAAGCAAAAGCUACGGUGGACAUGACUGGCAGGGCCCAUCUCAUCGGGGGAGUAGCCAUCAGAACUACGAUUCUGCUACGCGUCGGUAG